AUGGCGGCGGUGUCUGAGGAGGAGCAGAGGCGUGCGGAUGAGCUGAAGAACAAGGGCAACCAGUACUUCCAGGAGGCGCACUACGGGCAGUCGCUGGAGGCGUACUCGGAGGCGAUCAAGAUCAAUCCCAACUCGGCGGUGUACUACGCAAACAGGGCGUUUGCGCACAUCAAGAUGGAGGCGUACGGCGCGGCGUUGACCGACGCCAACUCGGCCAUCGAGCUCGAUCCCGACUACGUCAAGGGCUACUACCGGCGUGGAUCGGCCAACUUUUGCCUCGGGCACUACAAGGAGGCACUGAAGGACUUUAAGCGCGUGGUCAAGCUCAAGCCGCGCAAUGCCACGGCCCGCAACAAGCUCAAGGAGUGCGAGAAGGCCGUCAAGCGCAUGGCGUUUGAGGCGGCCAUCGCGUCGGGCGAGGCGACCGACGAGGCCUCACCGUUUGACAACCUCGACUACGACUCGAUUGCCGUCGAGGACUCGUACACCGGGCCGCGGUUCGACGGCGACAUCACGGUCUCGUUUUAUGCGCUCAAGCUGCUGGCGCUGGCCAAGCCCAUCUUUGCGGCGGAGCCGUCGCUCGUCGACGUCCCGGUCAACGACGCCUUUACCGUCUGCGGCGACGUCCACGGCCAGUUCUACGACUUUUGCAACAUCUUCGAGCUCAACGGCCCGCCGUCGGAGACCAACCCGUACCUGUUCAACGGCGACUUUGUCGACCGCGGCUCGUUUGGCGUGGAGAUCAUCUUCACCAUGCUCGCGUACAAGGUGCUCUAUCCCAAGGCAUUCUUCAUGACGCGCGGCAACCACGAGUCGAAGAACAUGAACCAGAUGUACGGCUUUGAGGGCGAGGUCAAGGCCAAGUACGACGACCGCACCAUGCGCCUCUUCACUGAUCUGUUCAACUCGCUCCCGCUCUGCGUGGUGCUCGGCGGCAAGGUCAUCGUUAUGCACGGUGGUCUGUUCUCGCGCGACGACGUGACCCUCGACGACAUCCGCGCCAUCGACCGCUUCUGUCAGCCGCCCGACGAGGGCCUCAUGUGCGAGAUCCUCUGGUCCGACCCGCACCCCUACCCAGGCCGCGCGCCGUCCAAGCGCGGCGUCGGCGUCGCCUUUGGUCCCGACGUCACCAAGCGCUUCCUCGAGGCCAAUGGCCUCGAGCUCCUCGUCCGUUCGCACGAGGUCAAGGACGAGGGCUACCUUAUUGAGGCCGACGGCAAGCUCAUCACAGUAUUCUCUGCCCCGAACUACUGUGACCAGGUCGGCAACAAGGGCGCCUUUAUCCGCUUCGACUCGGAGCUCAAGCCGCACAUCACCUCGUUCGAGGCCGUUCCGCACCCGAACGUCAAGCCCAUGGCCUACGCCGGGCCGUCAUUGAUGUCACUGUUUGGCCUCUGA